AUUUCCUUGUUGCAAAAAUGUCAUGAUUCUUUCACUUUCGCUUUUUUAGGGCAACCUGCGUUUCGUCUUUCGCAGCAUGUCCAACUACAAAGAGAAUCCGUUGCCGUCCUUAACUGAGGCUUCGUUGAUAUAAUCGACACUAUAUUUAUAAUAUAUCGGUAUCUAUAACCCCCGCCUGCCCGAACAAUAUUGCUGAACGUCUAAAAAGACUAUUACGCCAUCUGCAUGUAUUGCAGCUUCCUUGUUAUUGACUUUCUUACAGGAAAGCUCUACAGGCAAAGUUGACCCCCUAAAUCAGAUUUGACAGCCAUGAAGAGUGCCAGCAGUGAAAAAUCAUUAAGCAUACUUCCAGACCUUCGUCAGGAUUAUUUGAACUACUACGAAAAAGUCUGUCUUGACGGUAAUCUCAAACUCUGCACGGAGACUGAAGUGACAGAAAAGGCGAAACGCUUCCUGUUUUCAGAAACUAAUCCAGGAGAAAGGUUUGAAGUUUUUGACUUUUACUGGGCUGUAUCAGAAUGCCUACGAGUGCGUCAAAACCAAUGUCGGGAUGUGUUCGAGGGUCUGAUAAAAGCCACCGAAGUCUUAGAAAUGUUUUGUGUCAACCUGUUUCUUUUUCCGUGGAAGAAGGAAAUCAGAUCACUGAAGACUUUCACAGGGCCCUUUGUCUACAUAAUUCAGCCUGUGCUGCCACCAGACACUGUCAGGAGCGUCCUGGAAACUAUAGGAUAUUACCUAGAAACUGACACAGAGUACAGAUUGAGCAAGAAUAUAGACUUUACAAAAGUAAAGAAAGUGGGGUUUGAACUGUUUCUGGCCAGGCAGGAAUGUGAGUACUUGCUAGAAGUCAUGGGUCAAAAGGAAGAAGCAGAGUGUUUACUAAUCAUUAAGCAGAGAUUUCCAGCACUACGUGGUCACAAAGAAAUUGCUGAAGCCUUGGUUGGGGAAGACUUCAUAGAGGAGAAGCUGGAAAACGACAGUUCUCUGUUAGGCCCAGGAAGAGCCAUGAGAGAAGAAAGUCAAAUGGAGUUUGAGCCAGGACAAAGGUUGGAAGAGGAGCCUCUAAAUGCAGAGAUCAGAAUUUCAGAGGAAGCAGAAACACCUGAUUUGGGACCUAGCAGGAGCAUACUAAGUGAAGACAGCUCAAUCUCAGAGAUGCGUGCCAAUUACCCUGACCUUACUUUCCGGCAGAAACGUAUCUUCAGUUAUACUCAAGAACAUUCUGCAGCACAGCGUAACAAUUUAGGAGAUAAAAGAAUGCCUGAAAUACAUGAUCUGAGUGGUCCUCAAUCUAUUGCCAUGUUCACAGUUUCUGCACUUCCUAAUGAACUACAAGCGGCACAGUUAGCAAAAGAAGACAUCGUCAAGCAUCCACCUCUGAACAAACACAGCAGAAGUUCAGCAGCAUUGGAAUCAUUCAGUCCUCCAGCUGCCAUGCACAAUACAGGACAUAUUGAAAGCAAACAGGUUCUCGAAGAGCAGUCUGCAACAACUGAUAACAUUUUGUCUGAGAUAACUAUGAAGUUUAACAACCUAGGGUUUAAAGAUAGUCUUCCAGAGGAAAGUCUCAAAUACCCCAUUGAAGAGACAUCUCAGAUGGGUGGCAUUUGCCAUGACCUUGGCAAACACAAGCCUCCUUAUUUACCAGAAGUUAAAAAACAGCCCGUUGUUUGCCACCCAUCUGCAGUUUUAGUCAGCAACAUACCUGACUGCAACUGCAGUGUCUCAGCAGACCCAGACUGGAGAAAAUCCUUCACAAAGGCUGAUGUUCCUACUACAUCCUUCUCUGAUGACAAUUUGACACCUAAUGCCAUCAAAGAGCCACCCCAGUCUUUUUACAUCCCACCCAGAAGCAUUGACAACCAGAUUCCCAUUGAGGAACUAAAUGCAGAAAGUAUCAGCUGCCCAAACAGCUGUAAUGAGACUUGCCAACCACCAAGUAAGAAAGACACAUUAGCAACAGAGGAUGACCUGUUGAAAGGCUAUGUUUUGGUUUAACACAUGAAAAAAUAAAUACAAAGAAUAGCUAUGCAGCAAUCACUAACAGGACAGAGUAUAAGACAAGAAGCAAAUAUUUGAGAAUACUAAUUGUGUAAUGUAUGCUACUGAGAUGUAUCAGAAAUCUCAGUGGAAUUGGGGAGAUCCUGAAAGGGUGGAGGUAGGGGUGUAAAUGCCAGUGCAUGACAGGAUACACCUGAGUGGUGAUGUUUAUGAACAGGAGUGCAGAAGUGGGAAAAAAUUAGGAUUCCGACUUCCUACUAAUUCAGUUUUCAAUAUUUGUUCAAUAUUUCUGUGGCAUCAAAAGAAUGCAUUGCAAAACCUUUAAAAAGGUUUAAGACUUGAAAUCAUUAUCAAAAAGGUCACUAGGGUAAAUGUAGGAGCCUAACCUAACAAUAACUGCUGGUAAAAAUUUAAAUGGUCUGAACUUUGAGAAAAAGGAGAUGGAAGAGUCCAAAUUCAGCCUAAAUGCGUUCAUUGAAGCAAGAGUACUUUAGGUCUGGUGACACUAGUCUUGGCAGUGGACUGUCAUAUUCUUUCACUUCUUUAAAUUGGAAAUUGGAAGAGUGCUAUUGAGAUAGAAUGGACAUUAGUCAGCCAGGGCUUUAAGUAGACUGGCAACUUCUGUGGCCUAUUGGGCGCUUACAGAUUUGCAGUGAUGUCACAGAGAGAUGUAACACUCCUUUAAGGAACUGAUCUAAGCUCACAGGACAUUAUAAGUUAAAUGUGAGCAUUUCUGUAUUAACCUCAGAAGUGGAACUUUAAUAUAACAGAUAUUUUAGCUACAAGACCAAAUGUUUAAAUUUUAACAUGUAUAAAAGGAGUGCAUGCAUCCUAAAAAUAACAGGUGAUGUAUAUUUAAAAAAAACACAAUGUAAAAUGAGGUGUUUCAUUUGUAAAGCUUAUAUUAUUAAUGCCAAAGGAUUAUUACCAUUUGUACUAACAAUUGAUGUCAUGUGUAAGAUGACAUUUUUAACAAAGUGUAAAUAAAUUCAAAAGAAUAAGGUUAUGACUUUUAGAUAAGCAUUGCAAACUUGGCAACUUGUUACUUUGCUUAACCAAAUGAGCUAGAUAGACCCAGUAACUCCUUUCUUUUAAAACCUUUUUGCUCUUCAUGUUUGUCAUAUGACUAGUUUUGUUCACUGCCAUACACUGCCAGCUUUCCAGUACUAGUUACCUGUUAUAGUAACAUGUAAAGUUCAGGUAAAAGUGUAGAUUUAACUGAUAGAAUUAACAUGAUUCCAUUAUAUAACUGACUUUAUGUAAAUCUAUUUGUGAAAAUUGAGAAUAACGUUAAAGUUGUGAAUGUACAUGUACAGUUUCAGAGCUGUUGUUGAACAUGUUUAAAGUCAAUUUAAAGCUAAAUUAAAAGCUUUUUUAUCAUUA